CAAAUUAGCGCUAAGUAAAAAACAGAUUGGUGCAUGCCGCAUUACAUAAUAAUUAUCGGAGAAGAACUUCCUGAUUGCAAGCGCCAAGUUCGAGUUCUCCCGGCAACAGCUCUCUGUAAUGUCGGUUUGCAUGAGCGCCAGGGAUAGAAUCGGGAAAUUCUUCUUCCUAGGCUAUGAAUGAUCAUCACAUAUCUGCGACAUUGAAUGGAAUGAGCUCCUGGAAGGGUCUACCGUCGAAACUCGCGCUUCUUUGCAUGCUGCGACCCAUUACACAGAGUUUAUCGAAGACCUGAACGGUUCUUGCUCCUCCAGACAAGCGUUCCAUUCAAUUUCAACUGUCAGCUUUGUCAAAUAUUUUCCUGUUGAAGCUGGCUCUGGAAAUUUUGUUCUAGUAUAAAAGGGCUUUGGUUCACAAUGAACAUACUCAUCGUGCUCAGCUCUGCGAUGUUUGCCCAGGUUGCGCUCCUCCUACCCGUCUUUUUAUCUGUUGUGGCCGGAAGUGUGCUGCCGUCUACUGCAGAUGCUUCCGCUGAUAUAUCUGCAGACGUAAGCGCUGAUGCGGCGUUAUUGCAUCGGUCUCUGGAUGCACGCGCUGUCGCACCAACGCUUGACUUUAACGACUCGACCUGGAUCUGGACGGGGGAGCCAACGGCUCAUCUCGGAGUGCGACCCUUCCGCAAGAGAAUUCCCUCUUCGAACAGAAAGUGCCCGACCUGCGCGACUAUUCUCCUAUCUAGUGAUGACCUCUACACCAUCAACGUCAAUGGUGCAGAGAUUGGGUCCGGGGAAGGAUGGCGCACCAGCGUUGUCUAUACAGUCGGUCUGAACCCUGAAGGUGAUAACGUCUUUGCCAUCGCGGUGAACAACACAAUAGGACUCGCCGGGCCCCUCAUCGCCACGAUCCUUGUUGACUACACGGAUGGUACUACCGAAACCAUCGUGACUGAUACGACCUGGAAGACGCUCCAAACUGUCCCGCCCUCUGGCUGGACGAGUCCCAGCUUUGAUGACUCAAGGUGGACUGCGGCUGUCGCGAAGUUACCCGGAACUCAGACACCUUGGGGUACCCCAUUCGUGCUCCCAUCUGCUAUCAACAUGACCGACGCCCAUUGGAUCUGGACCAACGAAACCGAUAGCAACGGUCAUGACCCUGUAGGUCAUAGGGCAUUCCGGGACACCAUAACCUCUCCGUAUGGAAAGGCUGCUGUUUGUGGCAAGGUAGUUAUUGGCGCGGAUAACAACUAUACUUUGUUCGUCAAUGGUAAUAACAUCGGCCACGGAGGUAAUUGGCACUCCAUGGAGGCCUAUUCUAUCCCUAAUUUGGAUCCGGAUGUGAACGUGUUCGCUGUUGAUGGAGAGAAUGCCCCGCCUGUGAGCCCUGCUGGGGUUAUCGCUGGGAUCCUCAUUGCGUACAACGAUGGGAGUUCGGAGACGUUCUAUACAGACAAGACUUGGAAGACGGUCACUGGGCUACCGGAUGGGUUUGAGGAAGUAGGUUUAGAUGACAGCGCGUGGAGCGACGCGUCGGAAUACGGCACGUUCUUGAAUGCGCACUGGAAGAAUGUCACGGUCCCGUUGGCUUAGGGGAACAGACUCUGCCCUUUCGAUCUUCAUACCCCUACUCUUCCUUAUCCCGUUAUUACCCUGUAGUUUUUUGCCUUCACUUUCAUCCCCCACCCCCUAGUCAUAUGCUGUUCUUUUUUUCAACUCCAGGUGUUCUCUAUCAACAUUUGAGGAAAUUUGUGUUUCUGCCUGAUUCUGGAUUAGUAUCAUCGAUCAUCGAUAAAAUAUAUUCCUCGGGUGUUUAUAUAUUUUAUAUGCAUUGCACCAGUAGCGUGUGUGUGGGUAAGAGCCACAUUGGACCACAACAUUCCACAAUCUUUAAGGUACAUUUUUGUACCCUCCUUGAAAUUAUCUGCC